AUGGAUGUUUGGGGUCAGGGACCUACUAUAAUUCACAAGAGUUCACUCAGAGCAGAGAAAUUUAAAGACAUAUUCGAGAGCCUAAGUGCAAUAUGUGAUCAGCAAGUUCUAGAGUUUUUCAUUAUAACAGCAAGAAGCAUAUGGGAUAGAAGAAAUAAAUUGAUUUUUGAGGUUUUCUUUCAACAACCAACUCAGUUAGCUAGCCAAUCAAAAAUAUUAUUGGAAGAGUUCAAAGCAGCGCAUGACAGGCCUAUAACUGAUAUUAGAGGUACACAAGUGAUGAAUUGGACUCCUCCACCUACAGGUUUCUUGAAAAUCAAUUGGGAUGCAGCUAUUUUUGAGGUGAAGGGCAGAAUUGGAUUGGGAAUAGUUGUUCGAGACCAUGGAGGCAACAUAGUGGCUACAAAAAAAAUUAAUCAAUCUGGUUUUAAUGAUCCUCUACUGGCAGAAGUACUUGGUGCCUUUCAAGCAGUUAUGAUGGCAGCUGAUUUAGGAAUGGACUUUCUCUUUUUAGAAGGAGAUUCAUCUCAGGUUGUAAAGAGCCUUAAUUCCCAUGUUGAGAUGGGAUAG